AUGAAAAAAGGCAAACUCCUUGCGCUAUCCCAGGGAGGCGAACCCGCCAGGCAGAGGCGGAACAGCCUCUUCGUACUUGCCGUGAGGCGGAGGUACGAGCACAUGAGGACGGUUCUGAAGGAAAGUCAAGCAGCACAUAACGAUGCCUACGCGCAAGAACCCGAUCAUAAUAAAGAGGAAAAAAUUAGUGAAUCGCUUAAACAAAGGGAUAGCCAAACGCGCAACAAAGAACGAGAGAAUAUUUUAAAAUACUACGAUGAGAAUAAAAAUGUGAUAAAGACAACCAACUACAUCCUGAGGGAACACUUAAGUCGUUUCAUUUACGUAAACCAGAGGAGCUGUUUCUAUAACUACUUUUACAACGCCUUCCCAUCUGUGCUGAAUAAUUAUUUGAGACGCGUUAAAGGGGGGAGGGAGAAAAACGGCGACCAUCCUAAUAGGGCGGGAGUUGAAUGUCAAACCGGUUCAGUCUCCCCAAAUGAUGCUCUUCCCCAAAGCAAUAAUGACGAAACGAAACGAUCCUUAAGCAUUCUGCACUACUACAACGCACACACGAAGAACGAAAUGGAGGCCGACCAUUUUAUCGACUUAAUUAGCCAAAAGGUAAACUGCCUUAACAAUGCAGGAGAAUUGUUAAGGAGCAUCCAUGACAACGUGCACUGGCGCAGGAUCAGGAUGAACAGCGCAGAUAUGCACAAACUGGAGAGAAUUUUCCAAAACAUAAUGGAGCGCACAAGUGACACAAACGAUGUAAAUAAAAAGGUGGAAAUUCUGCUCUACCUGUCCAAUGUGUGUAAUCAGAAUUCCUUUCCAAAAAUCCACGAGGGGGUUAAAAAACGUAUACAAGAAAUUUAUGAACAUAUAAAAAAAAAAAACAAAAAAGGGGUGGACGAAUUGUACAUUUUGUUCCUCCUAUAUAAACAAUUCCUCUCCUCAAAAAAUGAAAAAUAUGCAAAAAUGAACGUUGAAACGUACUUAUCGGAAGAAAUUUCCUUCUACAAUUAUUUAAAAAAUGAAAAUAUAAAUAUGUGUCUGUUAAGUUUAAUAUAUCGAGAUUUGUCUUUUCUCAAAAAUGACCAAGUCAAGUACGUCCUCAUGAAUUUAGCCUUUUCCAAAAUGAAGGAUUCGUUUUUUUUCUCCAAGGCGGGGGAACUCCAAAGCAAUAGCAACAAUGGGGGGAGUAAAAAUGGAAGUGCCGUCGACCCAGCCAGGGGAAAUGCACACACCAACUUAGUAUUAACAUUUUUUACAAAUACCCUCCUGCGAAACAACUUCCUCCAGUUCCUGCAGAAUGAUUACAUAAACCCUGCACACAGCACCGUGAACUACACAGCCAGGCUAAACCCAACCAACGUGAACAAUUACAUUUUUUACAAUUUGCUCAUCUCCAUUGUUCAGCUGAAGGAGUCACAAGCCAAAUGGCAUGACACCAUAAUGAAAAAAAAAAUGCAGCUUUUUCUGUGCAAUGACAAAAACAACACUCCAGUGAAUGAAUUAUGGGAAAUGAAAAAUUAUGCCAAUCACAUGAACGAUUUUAUCUUAAAUAAUGUCCUUUUCUUUACCUCCCAUUUUGUAAAACAUAAAAUAAAUUUCGCCCCUAACAUGUACCUCUACAUACUGAACGUGUAUUGCGACCUCUUCGAUAUGAUGAAAGGUUUAGAGCUCUACACAGGAAUUAAAAAAAAAAAAAACCUACUCAGUGACAGCAAGCAAAUUGUAAAUUAUGUAAUUAACGAAAUAUAUAAACAGAUAAAUUUAUACACCCUCAAGGAAUUUGUUGCUCUGUGUGCCAUGAUUGAUAAGCUACCUGCAGGUUUCACCUUCGAGCUGAAGAACGACGCAGACCAUUUGCGCGUGAAAAUGGAAAAUGCCGUCUACAGAAACAGCCAAGGGGGAAAGGGUGAAGCGGGCGUGGUGAACGAAGGAGACGCACACUUAAGGCGUAUUUUAUACUUCCCUUAUAACCAAUCGGGUAGGAGGACCACCGAACGGAUCGCAGGAGAAGAAAUCGCUGCAGAGGGUGGGGGACCCAUUUUGGAGCAGAACACCGGGGCAACUCCUAACAAGCAUCAAAUGGACGAUCCGUAUCAGGCGAAGGAUUCACCAAAUUAUGUCAAUCCUUCCGUUGGGGCUACCCUUUCUAAUGGAACGUCUCCCUUAGGCAACCAAACGGAGGAACCCCUCACCAGCAGAAACGUCACCGCCAAAGCGAAGAAAAAAUCGACCAUAAUAAAUAAACACGACUUCACCAUUUUGAUAGCUCUCUCCCUUUUCAACGAAAUUAGUGACGAGUUUAUUGUCCAGAUAAGACAGAAAGAGAAAAUUCCUUCUUCCACUGGAGCCAUGUCCAACUGGGAUGACUCGAUAUUCGAGCAUAUUUACAAAAAUCACUAUGAAUCCUUUCUGCGCAAUUCCGACUUGUACUUAAAUCAUGUAGAGAAAAAUUACGACCCGGACACAGCAGAACAGCUACUAAACUAUUUUAUCCUAUUCACACACAUAAGCCAGUUGGAUGUGUCAGACCUGUAUAUCCUCAUGAACAUCAUGAGGGAGAUCAACAAAUUGCAGCCCUUCAUCGAUUUUUUCAUUGCCAAGCGGGUUGAAGAAAUGUUAAGGGAGGGAGGCAUUGGAGGGCGUGAACAGAGUCGUAGCGGGGUGGAGGCAGAGAAGAAGGGGAAGAUUUACCAAUUUACGGACUCCUACUUGGAUGACUACAUAUCCAGAAUUAGCGACAGGGGGAAAGCACACCAUGAAGGUGCAAUGCCAUCUGUCCAGAGUGGUAGUGAAAGCAUCGCCCAGUGGGAGGAACACCCAAACGUGUACCACACCCCACAAAGGAAGAACCAUUUUGACGACAUGAACCUGAAUACGCAUUCGCUAUAUGCCGCCAGUUUUGAAAAAUAUUACCACAACUAUGAUAUCUGCAGCAGUGUAGUUAAUCUCUUCCUGUUGGUAGAUCCAAGCAGCUACACAUAUCGCACCAUUGCAAAGUUCCUCCCACAUGUGAGCCUAAACCAGGUGGACAUUUUUAAAAUUCACUUGGACCACCUUUUUGUAAAAGGGGGAAGCGAAAGGGGGAAAGAAAGCCAUGGAUUUUCCGUAACACCGCAAAUACGGGAGGAGGAUGGACUAAGGCGACUGUCCAACAUUUUCGCAACCCAAACGGGGAGCAGAAACUGGAUGGGAAAUUCUGAGCAGGAAAAAUCGCUGGUCAAAAAUUUCACCUUCCAAACUGACAGUGAUACCAUUUGCAGUAGUGGUAACCCCUUCGUUGAAGAAGCAAUGAAUAGUUCGAUCCCAUGGGAAGGCAACAAUCUCCCACAUGAGGGACAACACCCCCUGGAACACGACAUCAUAUACAAGAUAAUCGAAGCCAGACUAAAAUACAACAUUGAAGUGAAAAAUUACUUAUCCAAAAGGGUGGAUGAAAAUAAUGAAGAAAUGAAAAACUUCCUCGAGAAUGAACUCCUGUCAUUAAAUCAAAUUGCAAAUAUGCUCAACCGUAUUAGCUCCAUAAAUGACGAUGAAAAAUACACAAACCUGGUGACCAUCGCGUUGAAGGAUAUAAUCCUGAGGAAACACGAAAUUGUGGACAUAAAAACGUUUCGAAUGAUAGCAAAAAUUCUAACCAACAUAAGAAAUGUGUAUCAAAAUAUAUUUUUCCCGUCUGAAUAUUCCUACUUAAAUAUGCUCACAAAAAAUUAUGUACAAGUUAUGCAAAAUUUCUUCCACUUUUUUCACCUCGUGGACUAUUUCCAAGCUUUUCAAAUAUUCACAAAAUAUAAUUUGGCCGGAAAAUAUUUAAAGCAGUUGAUAUGCCUAAACGAUGAACUGAACAAAGUGAACAUAAAAAAUGUCAACGUCCAUCUCGUACACCUUGUUCUCUACUUUUACAGCAAGUUGAAUUACGUGAAUGAAAAAUUUAUUUCCAUUAUACUGAACAAGUACGCCUACUCCAUCCUGCAGCAGAUAAACAGCGUGAACAUCCAUGUGGUUGAAAAUUUGAUCAGGACAAACGACUUGCUGCUCUCCCUGUGCGUAAGGAAUAAGGACAUUAUACAGUUAAACUAUCUCAUUUUGCAACGCUAUGGUAAUUUUUCUCGCCAAUUUAAAAUUGAAGACAGGGAGGAUGUGGAUGAACGAGGGGUUAUCACCUCUCCCAGUGAACAAAACAGUCCUGCACAGAUCGACCAGGGAGAGUCACAAAAAGUGGAAAUAUCCUCCAAACAGUUCUUUUCCAAUGAGGAGGGUACGAGUACACACACAAAUUGGCAAACAGGGCAAACUCCUUUUAUGAAACCAGGUGAGCAUGUAACAGGGGAAGUGCUUAUAGAAAAUGCUUCCACGUCUGAUUUCACGUCCCAAGAGCAGCAUAACUCAUUUCCUAGUGGACACGAAGAAGAGGCGGAUGGAAGAUUACUACAACAGGGAAAUCACCCAAAUGGGGGAACACAUACCCAUGGGGCACCCUCAAUCGGUCACUUCCAGCAAGUCCCCUACGCACCGGAACAGAGAAACGGAAAAGACGUCACAACGAAUACUCUAGUUACACACACUUGCCACCUCCCCUUAACACAUAAGAUAAGAAUUAUUUACUUCUUGUGCAAAUUCCACCACUACAAUGAUCUAGUAAAGUCCUACUACAUGCAGCUAAUAAGUGAGUGUCUACAGAAUACAAGCGCUCUGCUGAAUGAGGAAGAUUACUGCAAAUUGUACGAAAUAUAUGUACACGUAAUUUUGAAUUUUUAUUUUCUCUCCUUCAAUAAGAGUAACAAGUACAUCAAUUUUGUGCUAACCAAUUUGCCUUGCUAUUAUUGGUACAAGAAAGAGGAAGAAAAACUGAACUUAUUCGUCUCCUCCAAAGAAUUCAACGACAUCCAACAUAUUUUAAAAUUGCUGAAUAUUGAUUUCCUUGCCCCGACGUUGACAGAAAUUUACUUCAUUCACUUUUUUAACGACGUGAAGAAAACCAGCCACGAGCUGGUCAUCCCAGAAAAUGUCCUCCACUUGUACAAGAAGUACAAUCUCCUCAUCGACGACGUCCGCAAUAAGAGCGUUUCAAUUUUGUGCGUCCCGGAGGAGCACGUCCUUCGCGACGAACAUGGUAACAACAAGAACCUGAUAAACGACAGCCACUAUGUUUACGAAAAUAUAAAAAAAACCUACCCGACUUCUUUGAUAUUUUUGAGCGAGUGGAAGACCCUAAAUGUGGAGGAAAAAUGCGACUACGUCUUGCGUGCUAUCCAUUCUUCGCUAAACGUCUGA